AUGACUUCGGCUCAAGAGGCAGACAGACUCAUUCCUGAAACUGUGGACGAAAUAAACGUGGUUGAGGAUAAGAAAGCAUCUGGUUCGGCUUCAGUUAUGCCAAAAAAACUACAAAAGAUUCUUAAUAGUCUGACCCCGAAACAACGGGAACUCUAUGACAACGCGCCCAACGACCCCAAAACUGCCUAUUUAGAAGGAAUUUAUGAAGAAAAGAGAAGAGGGGGUUUCAGUCUCACUAUAAUUAUCAUUGCGGUAACCACACUCGCUAUUGGGAUUAAUGUUGUGAGCAGACUGGUCAGUGGAAACGAAUAUUUGAUCAAUGUAUUCACCAUAGUAAUAAAUAGUCUGUCUUCGGAGUUCAGGCAAUCGCCAACUUAA